AUGGAGCUGAGAGUGGGGAACCGGUACAGACUGGGCAGAAAAAUUGGAAGCGGAUCUUUCGGGGACAUCUAUUUAGGCACAGAUAUUUCAGUUGGCGAGGAGGUUGCAAUAAAGUUGGAAUGUGUGAAGACCAAACACCCUCAACUCCACAUCGAGAGCAAGAUCUACAAGAUGAUGCAAGGAGGAGUGGGCAUUCCAACAAUCAAAUGGUGUGGAGCAGAAGGUGAUUACAAUGUGAUGGUCAUGGAGUUGCUGGGGCCUAGCUUGGAGGAUCUCUUCAACUUUUGCUCCCGCAAGUUCAGCCUCAAGACAGUCCUGCUGCUCGCUGAUCAGAUGAUCAGUCGCAUUGAGUACAUUCACUCCAAGAACUUCAUCCACAGAGAUGUGAAGCCUGAUAACUUCCUGAUGGGACUGGGCAAAAAGGGCAACCUGGUCUACAUUAUCGACUUUGGCCUGGCUAAAAAAUAUCGUGACGCUCGCACACAUCAGCACAUCCCCUACCGUGAAAACAAGAACCUGACUGGCACUGCACGCUAUGCCUCAAUCAACACACAUCUGGGGAUUGAGCAGUCAAGGCGUGAUGACCUGGAGUCCUUAGGCUAUGUUCUCAUGUAUUUUAAUCUGGGCUCCCUUCCUUGGCAAGGUCUUAAGGCUGCUACCAAGAGGCAAAAGUAUGAACGGAUCAGUGAGAAGAAAAUGUCCACUCCCAUUGAGGUGCUUUGCAAGGGAUAUCCAUCUGAGUUUGCAACUUACCUGAAUUUUUGUCGGUCCCUGCGCUUUGAUGACAAGCCAGACUACUCAUAUCUGCGGCAGCUCUUCAGGAACCUGUUCCACAGACAGGGCUUCUCUUAUGACUAUGUUUUUGACUGGAACAUGCUCAAAUUUGGAGCCAACCGUGCAGCAGAGGAAGCAGAGAGAGAGCGCCGGGACCGCGAGGACAGGCUUAGGCAUGGCAGGAACCCAGGGGCCAGAGGAGUAUCUGCUGCAUCAGGACGACCACGAGGAACCCAGGACGGAGCCCCGCCCACCCCGCUGACGCCCACCUCACACACAGCAAACACAUCCCCUCGACAAGUGUCCGGCAUGGAGCGUGAGCGAAAGGUCAGCAUGCGACUUCACCGGGGCGCUCCUGUCAACAUAUCAUCCUCAGACCUAACAGGACGGCAGGACACGUCUCGCAUGUCCACUUCACAGAAUAGCAUUCCCUACGAGCAUCACGCCAAGUAGACGCUCGCCACGUCCUUGUGUGACGGUGGCAACACUGGAUUGUGUCUGGUGCACCAUCUGCUGGUCUCCAUCUUCUUGCUCCUCGAUGACCUCCCCCCCACACAAUGCAACCUGGCACGCCAAGUCCUGAAGCAAUCUGACAUACUGACACAACCACCACCACUAUUAACGACUGUUGCUAGACUGGCAAAAUCCCUCACCGCCCAAAACAUUUCAGGGUGUCGGACUCAGGAGCAUCCUCUGCCCACUUUAUCAGGAGACAUUUGCACAACCCUCUGCGCUGCAAUUCCAAUCUCUACCACCACACCAUCACUAGAUUUUGAAUCGGCAGUGCUUUGUUUACGGCACACGUGGCAUCCCACUAGUCUUUUCUAGGACGCUGAUCUGCUGAAACUUUCGUCAUUGAUAACUUACAUUUGCACUUUCACUGUCUGUUAAUUCAUACCUGAUCAAAAAAAUGUAAUUUCUCUAUAUUUUACAGCAAGGCGUAUCAGGCUGAACCAGAAUUUCACUACUGUGUGUAUAUAUCUGUUGGUUUAGGGGGCGCAAGGCAGUUUUCAUUCUCUCCUCCCACCAACUGUUUUUUUUUUUUUUCCCUGUUUUUAAUAAUGACCACCACUUUCUUUGGUAACACUGCACCCGUUUGUAUUAAAUAAGAAAAAAAGAAACUUCUUUGCAUGUUUUAGAGGGUGAGCCUUCGGAGUCGGGUGCAGAGGCUCAAGUGCUAGUUGAACCCACGAACAUACCAAAAACAUUGUUUGGCAUCUGUCCUAUAAGUUAUUAUUCUCUCUGUUCACCUCCAGCCUCUGGCGUACUGAUCAGUGAGCCCCUUCUCUUUCUAGUUGUUUCUACUGUACAAUAGAAGUGGGGGGCAAAGGCAUCAUCUAGACCUGGUUUCCUAGGUUUCCAGAUCAUUCAAACUUUUCCUAUUUUAUGAUUUUGAAGCUGUGAAUUACUUGUAAUAUUGAUGUGUACAUGUCUCAUCAUUUGUUUUCACUGACUUUUAGUAAUGGGGUCUAACAUAACUUUUAAGCUUGGUCAAGGAACCUAGUUGCAAAUUUGGGCUACCGCAAGUGUAGUCAGUCUGGCCCCUCAAAGCCAUGGAGUUCUUAUAUGAAGCAUUGAUGUGGGCACACUGAAUGUGGAAGAAGCUUUAUACGACAUGCUUUCCUGUCACAGCUUUUGCCCCUUUGUAUGAGAACUCAAGUGAUCCCUGCAGGGAAACACAUUCUAAAUGAAUCCCCUUACAUUAACAGUUAUUGAAAGGAUUCUGUGUUGAGAGAUAAUCUAACCAUAUUUUCACAGGAUUCUCUAGCAGCAGUGUGUGAUGAAUAACUUUAUGCCAUGCCUGUCGUUAAUAAUAAUUCUUGCUGCUCAUUUUUUUUUUUUUUUUUUUAACUUACUUUUGAUUUUGAUCCUCGACUACUUUGGCUAAGCCCUCUACACCUAUUGAAUUAUGUAAGCAACCAGAUCAGUAAGAUUUACUUUAUCACAUUUAUAUUUGCCACUUAAACUGUAAAUAAAUGAACUACUUGUA